AUGAAGAAGAAAUUGAAAGAACUUUACGGGUUAAAUAAUUUUUUGGAACGAGAUACUUUCAAAAAUUUGAUAAAAAAGGAGCAAGCUAGUCUAGAAAAGAGAAGGAAUAAAUUGCAUAACAUUUAUGAGGGAGUGAUUAAUUUGUAUCGCCAACCCGACGCCUUAUUUAUUAUUGGUCUCAAUAAAGAAAAGACUGCCUUUAAAGAAGCUAAGCAAAUCGGAAUACCCGUUAUUGCUGUUUGUAAUACUAAUUGUAAUCCCCGUUUAGUUGAUUAUAUUAUUCCGGGCAAUGAUGAAAGUGUGAAAUCGAUUGGGUUUUUUGCUAAUUUAGUGGCUGAUGCUAUUAUUGAAUCUAAAAAAGAAAGAAAAUUGAUGGAGGAAGAUAAUUCUGGAAAUGGAAAUUAA